AUGCGUGUCGUGAUUGGGGCAAUUUUGAUUUUGCCCACUGGUCAGCAUUAUCCAGUUACGGCCCGACUUCGGUUCUUCUGUACGAAUAACACUGCUGAAUAUGAAGCUUGCAUCAUGGGCAUGAACAUGGCAAUUGACAUGGAUGUAGAAGAAUUACUAAUCAUGGGAGACUCUGAUUUGAUCAUUCGGUAUAUUCCUCGAUUCCAUAAUGAGUUAGCUGAUGCACUAGCUACCUUAGCUGCAAUGCUGCCAUAUCCGGGCAAUGUCCAUAUUGACCCGUUAAAGAUUCAAAUUCGAGAAAGACAGGGUUAUUGCAAUACAGUUGAAGUAGAACCAGAUGUUCAACCAUGGUACCAUGAUAUCAAAAGGUUCUUGAAAAUAAAGGAAUACCCCGAGCAGGCCAGUGGAGACCAAAUGAGAACCAUUAGAGGCUUGCCAGUAGUUUCUUCUUAA